GAAGUCCCUCUGUUUAAAGAGAAGCUGCGAGCUUUCCUUUCCUACCCCUUGUUCUUUCAUAUAUAUAUAUAAACGUUAACGCGUACGCUUCUUCUCGGACUUCCAUGUUCCCGCCGCCUGUUUCACCCCAUCUCUCUCUCUCUCCCUCUGCCUCUGAGCGGUCAAUGCGAGUGAAGGAAUCUCAUAAAUAAAUCUCAACUUUUUGCUUUUCUUUCUUCAAAUAAGAAGAAGAGACAGAGUUAUUACAGAGUUUCUCAGCCUAUCAAUGGCCAAGUCGAAGAACAACAGCACCACCAAGAAGCUUUCUUACAUUUCAGUCCCUUCUCAGAUUAUCAACUCUCUGUCUUCCUCUUCUCUGCAAUCGCUCCUCGUUUCUCCCAAGAAAUCUUCAAGGAGCAAAAGCAGCAGCUGCUUGAGCUGGCUCAGCAACUACAGGACCCCAAAGUUCUGGGUUUGCUUCCUCUUCCUCUUUGGAAUGAUUGGGAUGCUGAAGCUGGGAUUCAAUCUCGACCGUUUAGUCCCGUACUCUCCAUACCCAUGUUCCACAACUCAGCUCCAUGACUUGGUCUCCAAUAGGUACUUAAAAUCACACAUGGGUUUUACUUCACACGGUGCAAACAGCCACCAAGUCGAGGUUUUGAGCGAAUCCCAGCCGUUGAUUUCGAGUGAGGUUUUGCAAUCAGAGGUGGGGGUUGAGCCUGACAGUGGGAAGGUCGGAGAGGAAGCUGAUGGGAGUGAGUUUUGGAAGCAGCCGGAUGGUUUGGGGUAUCGGCCGUGCUUGGAUUUGACGACGGAGUAUAAGAGAGCUAGUGAGGGGAUCGUGAAGGACAGGACUAAAUACCUGAUUGUUGUGGUUUCUGGUGGGAUGAACCAGCAGAGGAAUCAGAUUGUCGAUGCUGUCGUUAUUGCCAGGAUUCUUGGAGCUGCUCUGGUGGUUCCUAUUUUUCAGGUUAAUGUCAUCUGGGGAGAUGAAAGUGAAUUUUCUGAUAUAUUUGAUUUGAAGCACUUUAAGGAAGUUCUUGCUGACGAUGUUCGGAUAGUUUCUGCACUACCGUCGACGCAUAUAAUGACAAGGCCAGUGGAGGAGAAACGGACUCCUCUACAUGCUUCGCCUAAUUGGAUUCGGUCGCAUUAUCACAAGAGGAUUAAAAGAGAAGGGGUUCUGCUUCUAAGAGGCUUGGAUUCAAGGCUCUCUAAGGAUCUUCCCUCUGAUCUUCAAAAGCUUCGAUGCAAGGUUGCUUUUCAUGCAUUGAGGUUUGCUCCUCCAAUUUUGGGAAUUGGUACCAAGCUUGCAGAGAGGAUGCACAAUAAGGGUCCAUACCUUGCGCUUCAUUUAAGAAUGGAGAAGGACGUAUGGGUGAGGACCGGUUGUCUUCCUGGUUUGAAUCCUAAAUAUGAUGAGAUAAUUUACAAUGAGAGGAUUCGGCGGCCAGAGCUCCUAACUGGAAGAUCAAACAUGACUUACCAUGAAAGAAAACUUGCAGGUCUCUGCCCCUUGAAUGCUGUGGAGGUGACCAGGUUGCUUAAAGCUCUUGGAGCUCCAAAAAGUGCAAGAAUAUAUUGGGCUGGCGGGCAGCCUUUUGGUGGAAAAGAAGCCUUACUACCGUUAAUCGAAGAAUUUCCCCAUUUUUACAAUAAGGAAGAUCUUGCUUUGCCUGGUGAACUAGAACCUUUUGCAAACAGAGCGUCUGUCAUGGCUGCCAUUGAUUAUAUAGUUUCCGAGAAUAGUGAUGUCUUCAUGCCUUCUCAUGGGGGAAAUAUGGGCCAUGUUAUGCAGGGACAUCGUGCCUACGCUGGCCACAAGAAGUAUAUAACCCCAGACAAGAGGCAUAUGCUUCCGUACUUUCUGAACUCUUCUCUCCCUGAAGCAGAGUUCAAUAGAAUCAUAAAGGAAUUGCACAGAGAUUCCUUAGGACAGCCAGACCUCAGGAGUAGUAGAGUUGAAGAUGUCACAAAGUACCCCAUUCCAGAGUGCAUGUGCAAUGAAACUAAUACUCAUUCGUACAUGUGAGUCAAUGCUGAAGAUUUCGAGCACAAUGCUAACUCUGCAAUGGACCGCCUAAUCGAAAAAUUGGAAUUUCUCAGCAAAUCCCUUGAGUUUGAGCCUUCUGAAAAGUGGUUUGUUCUCCAGUGCAAUGAUGGUUCUUUGGAUGGACGGUGAUUUUAAGAGCAACCGUAGCAUCACACUCAUUUUGUGAGUUUGCUCACAUUGUUUCUUUUACACUCCUUCCUUGGUGUACAAAUUCAAGUGAGGCAAGACAAAUGUCUGCUUGUAAGACAACAUCAUAUAAGGUUCUGUGGAGAGAAACUCUGAAGCUUCAGUCACCUGGAUUCACUUCCGGACUUUCAUGAGCAACUCAGCAGAAGGCGAAGGUCCCCUAAUUCUUUAAUUCUUUAUAGGAAGAAUUCUUUUAGGAUAGAUUUUCCACAUUUUUCGUUCGUUCAUCUACUGUAUUGUACCACGUUGAUGUAUAAUAUAGACAUACGUGUAUAUAAGCAUACUUCAAGUAAUAAGCUAUAUAUCUGUUUCACAAGCUCA